AGCGAGCUUAGCGCGGACAGAGGUGAACUGGCUGCCUGGGCCGGGCCUCCAUGAACUUGCUGGGGGAGCGGCGGCGAGGCUGGCCGGAGGAGCUCAGCGCCCCUCAACCCGAGCGCAAACGAGUGUGCAAAAACUUGGAGACUGUUCCACAGGCAAUCAAUCCCUGCCACCCAUUAAGCAACUGUUUUAUGGAUUACUGGGCUGUGAAGCAGAAUUUGAAGGAGAAUGAUCUCACUGAAUUGUUCAGUCCUCAGAUUAUGAAGGAAAAACCAAGUUAUACGAUAUUUACGAAUAAUGACGCCAAAGCCACUGCCCAGCCGUGUCCAAGAUGUAUUGCUGGCGAAUCUGGACAUUUUGGCCAUAUGAUGGGCUUAUAGAAGAUCAUUGAUACAACAGUCCUCAAACUCAUAAUGCUAUCAAGAAAGCAGUUUCCAAAUCAGCAGCUUGAAGAGACCUAAGACUGCAUUCUGAUGGACACUUAUCUGUGAAAGAGUCUCAGUGAACAAGUGUCAGGGUUCGUCUUCUCUAUGUAAUACUUUACCUUCAAAGGUGAGGAUGGCCUUCACACUUACAACCUUCCAGGAAGUUAGAAAGGCUGUUUUUCAUUUGGGGUGAUUGAUUCCAAAGCUGCUAAUUUAGUUUUAUCAUACAAUAUUUGUU